AUGGCUGAUUUCGACCCAUCAAGUGAAGAUAAUGCUCCAAGUGGCAUGAAUCCACAAAUUGCAGUAUGUCCAUCAAGACCUGAUCCUCAGGUAGCAGUGUGUCCUCCGGGACCUGAUCCUCGGAUUGCUGUAUGUCCUCCGGGACCUGAUCCUCGGAUUGCUGUAUGUCCUCCGGGACCUGAUCCUCAGAUUGCAGUGUGCCCAGCACGUUAUGGAUAG